GGAGGGGAUUGAUCGAAGAAAGCGACGAAUAAUGGAGGGAAAACGCGCGCCUUUCUCAUACGCGCCGCCGUACGAUUCUUCUCUGUGAUACAUGGAGCUACAGAAUCUUCACCCGCCGAUUCAAUGUUAUUCUCUGCGGAGUCCUUAGCAGUGUACCGAUUUCACUCGGGUCGGAGCAUAGAACUAGAAAGGUUCUCCUCUUCGCGGUUUCGAUUACAGGUUUGUCUGCGUGUAUGUAUGUAUUCUUCCGCCUUUCCUUUCUCUCACUGAAACUCCUAUGAAGAAUUAGAAAACCUUUUUUGUCUCCGAUUCUCCGGUGCUUAUUUCUGCAAAAACAUAGAAGCUUUAGGAAUUUCGUAAGUUCAAAUAUAUUUUUGUUUCGUAUCCAAUGGCUAGUUCUCGUCGAAGAACAUCAGAAUCGAAUGAAAGAAGGGAUAUUAUAAGUCAGCUGCCAGGAGAUCUUAAGGAUAAAAUUUUAGAGUGUUUGCCCACUCGAGACGCUGCUAGGAUUGCUCUGCUAUCCACUGAGUGGAGGGAUGUUUGGUUGCGGCAUGGGCGGCUUGUGUUUGAUAAUGCCUUCUUCUUCAAAUGUGCCCAGAAAUACGGAGGCUACAAACGCAUGGUGAACAUAUUAGAUCGCGUUAUCAUACACCGUGCUGCACCGGUUAAGAAAUUUACCCUAUCCAAUUCCCAGUCAGAUUUAAUGCUGAAUCAGUGUGAUUUAGACAGGUGGUGUCUUUUUCUAUCAAGAAAUGGGGUUGAGGAACUUAGCAUUGCUUUAGUUGUUUCGGGACAAAAAUAUGAUGUGCCAAUUUGGGUACUCUCCUGUCCUACAAUUAGGCAUCUGAACCUUGAAGGCUUCCUUAUUGGUUGCCCGCGUAAUGCUCCUUGUAUAUUUCCUGGUGUCACCUUAUUGCGGUUCAAGAAUGUGGAGUUUAAGCGUAGUGCUAAUGGAAUUGUGUCAUGUAUUAUUCCUAAUCUUGAGAAGCUGGCUCUCAGUGGUUCUUGUGGAGGGAUCAAUACUUUUGAGAUCAGUUCUCCAAAACUUGAAAGCUUCUCUGCUAUUGAUGUAGUGUAUGUGUUUGAAUCGAGAUGGCUUAAGUUUCAUUUGAAAGCAAUAAAGACACUUUGUUUGUCUGGCCUGUUGUUGUCGCGUAAACCUGUUGCAGCAGCCGUACCAACAUUCCCAACUGCAUUAAAUCUGCAAGUAAUGAAGCUGUAUGAAUUAAGUUUUGGUUGUGGGAAGCAGCUCACUGUUGCUAUGCAAUUGAUUAAAAAAUGUCCCAACCUAUGUGAACUGGGGAUUAUGGCAGAAAAGUCAAGUUGGAGGGAUGACAAAGAAGCAGCUUCAAGACUACGAGUUUUGGAGGAUCCAGAUGGGUGCUUUAAUAUUCAGGAUUUGACGAAGCUUAACACAAUCAAGUUUGAAUGUCAUAGUGGAUCUACACUCGAAAUGCUAUUUUUGAAAACACUGCUCUCAAAAUCCCCUCAACUCGAGAAAGUAUUUAUUCAGAAGGGUAGUACGAUGGAAUGUGAUAUCUCAAGGGAGUUGUUGUGCUUCCCGCAUGCAUCUCCAAAAGCACAACUCGUCUUCAAGGAAGUCUGGUUGCCACAUACCCUGAUUGGUCACCCUGAGCUUUACGAAUUUAGUUUGUCGACGCGUUGGUAGCUCCAUGGGUUAGGAUGCAAUAUAUAGAAAUGCAAUCAAAUAAUCAAUGGCUGUGGUGGAAGUUGAAACUAAACUUUUAGUUAAUUGUACUUAUAUUUUACUUCAGAUGAUGUGGGUGCUUAGCCAAGCUAAGUGUUUCUUAUGACUUCAAUGCAAUGAUGUUUUAAUU